GGCAGAUAGCUAAUCAAUUGAAAGGAAAAACUGAAAAAGAUGAUGUUUGCAUAUAUCCGGAGUUCUUAUAAAUUCUCCUUCUUCAAAUCCUAUGCAGAUAUGGAAGGAAAGGCAGAAGCUGUUGAGGUUUCACCCCUCCUUCAGGAGAAGCACCAACCUGCGGAAAUGAAAGAGACCGAAACUGAGAUUGCGAAGAAAACUUCUGGCGAAGAAGUAAAUGCUGGAGACAAGCUGAAGGAUUCAGUGAAGAAACCGAAGGAAGCUUCCAAACAGAAUCCAUGUAAAGCAACAAAUCACACCAUUCCUCGUCCGUUUCUUUUGGCUACGGAGAAAAGAAUGUCGCGGGAAAGAAGGGCAUCGGUCGACUUUUCGUUUAAUGAGGAAAAGAGAUCGCUGACAAGGGAAAGACGGGGUUCUCUGGAUUUCAACGAAAUGCAGCAGCGGAAAUUAUCCAAAUCAGUCAGUUUAAACAAGGCUCAAUUAUCAUCCACUUCUGCUGGUUCCAUUGCCAAAAGAAGCGCAGCACCUAAAGUUUCGAGCAACAAACUCUCUGACAAGAGUAAUGGGAUGAUCAAGGGAGAGGAUCGAAAGCACACUUUGGUCAAGCCUAUCAAGAAGAAUGUAACCGAGGGAGCGAGUACUGGAGCACUUGGGAAGAGCUCCACAUUCAAAGCAUUGCCUUUGCCAAGCUUCUACCACAAGAACGACUCAGCCACCUCGAAACUCACUACGAAAAGGGAACCGAAGAUGACCGCGUCCAAGUCUCCUUCAUUAAGCCAACCAAGCAAAGCUAACAAAACCGUGGAAGACAAACAGAAGAAAGUUUCGGCUUCAAGGGCAAUAGGCAACAGGGCGAAGGAGACCAUAAACAGGAUGCUCAGAAGCACACAGAAGGCACUGAAUCCAUCCAAAGAGACGGCAAAAAUGAUUGCCGCUACUGCGUGAUGACGUCGUAAUUAAUUUGUGUAUUCCUAUAUGGAUUCUCUGUUUCAUCCAGAGUCUGUGUUUCGUGAGAUCAUGUCCUCAGAAAUAUGCCCGUGUCUUUUGUGUGAUGCGUUUUCUAUGUGCUAAGAGCAGUACUCUAGUGGCUAUGUAGUCCGGAUAAUUUUACAGUCCCAUUGAACUAUAUCUUUCGUUGUUUU